ACCAUUUCCAUAACCAAGAAAAUAUCAUUCUCAAUAUCUAGUCACUCAAUUCAUCUAAAGACAACGGUAACUAAUCAUCAAUCCACAGGAAGUAAAAAAACCAUGACGGGAGGAGGUAUUGCCGGUGGCGCCAACGACAGAGAGUUCGAGGCAAAGAUAACUCCUAUCAUUAUCAUUUCAUGCGCGAUGGCUGCCACUGGAGGUCUUAUGUUUGGUUACGACGUUGGAGUUUCAGGUGGCGUGGCAUCGAUGCCACCCUUUUUGGAAAAGUUCUUUCCGAAAGUGUUUAGACAAACGGCAGAAGAAGGUUCGGAAAGUAACUAUUGCAAAUACGACAACCAAGGGUUGCAGCUAUUCACUUCAUCGUUGUAUUUGGCGGGAUUAACUGUUACCUUCUUUGCGUCUUAUACGACUCGAGUACUAGGGAGAAGGCUCACAAUGUUGAUAGCUGGCUUCUUCUUCAUAGCUGGAGUUAGUUUUAAUGCAGCUGCUCAAAACCUUCUCAUGCUCAUCUUUGGUAGGAUUUUACUUGGUUGUGGAAUUGGUUUUGCAAACCAGGCCGUGCCAGUUUUUCUUUCAGAGAUUGCACCUUCUAGAAUACGUGGAGCUUUGAAUAUACUGUUUCAGCUUGAUAUCACUCUUGGCAUUCUCUUUGCUAAUCUUGUCAACUAUUUCACCAACAAAUUCAAAGGUGGAUGGGGUUGGAGGAUAUCUCUAGGAUUGGGAGGUAUCCCAGCAUUACUCCUCACUUUAGGGGCUUACUUGGUAGUGGACACCCCAAAUAGUCUCAUUGAACGUGGUCAUUUAGAAAAAGGAAAAGCUGUUUUAAGAAAGAUUCGUGGCACGGACAAUAUCGAACCUGAGUUCUUAGAGCUUGUCGAGGCAAGUCGUGUUGCUAAAGAGGUGAAACACCCCUUCAGGAAUCUCCUCAAGCGCAAUAACCGACCUCAACUUAUCAUUUCCACUGCCCUAAUGAUUUUCCAGCAAUUCACCGGCAUCAACGCGAUAAUGUUCUAUGCACCAGUUCUAUUCAACACAUUAGGAUUCAAGAAUGAUGCUGCACUUUACUCUGCAGUGAUUACCGGUGCUAUCAAUGUGGUCUCAACUAUAGUUUCAAUAUAUUCAGUAGAUAAACUCGGACGUCGAAAGCUAUUAUUAGAAGCCGGUAUUCAAAUGUUGUUAUCACAAAUGGUGAUAGCAAUUAUACUAGGAAUAAAAGUGAAGGAUCAUUCUGAGGAACUUUCAAAAGAGUAUGCAAUUCUUGUAGUUGUUAUGGUUUGUAUUUUUGUGUCAGCAUUUGCAUGGUCAUGGGGUCCGCUAGCUUGGCUUAUACCAAGUGAGAUAUUUCCAUUAGAGACACGUUCUGCAGGACAAAGUGUAACAGUUUGUGUUAAUUUUCUUUUCACUGCUGUUAUUGCACAAGCUUUUCUUUCAAUGUUGUGUUAUUUCAAGUAUGGUAUCUUCUUUUUCUUCUCUGGUUGGAUUUUGUUCAUGUCUGUUUUUGUACUUUUUCUUGUCCCUGAGACAAAGAAUGUUCCGAUUGAAGAGAUGACAGAGAGAGUUUGGAAGAAACAUUGGUUUUGGAAGAGGUUUGUUGAAAGUGAUUAUCUUGAAGAUGAAAAAGUAAGUGAUGGAAAUGAUUUGGUUUCUCAGUUGUAAAUUAGAGGAAUUUAUAUAUAUAUAUAGUACUUAUAAUUAAGUUGUUUUGUUUUGUGAAAUAAGUACAUGGUUAGAUUUGGUUAUUACAACUAAUUAACCAGAAUUUAUCAUUUUCAUUAUGUUAAGUAGCUUUUGCUUGUAACAUGUAUUAUUAUUAUAUUGCUAUGGCAAUAUUUAUCAUGUAAUAUUGUAAUGCUUGUAAGUUUAUGUUACUAAGUUUGUUUUUAUAUUC